AUGACAGUGAAGAAAGACAUUCGCGGUAAGGCGUCUCGCACGAUCCGUUCAAGCGCUGAUGCCGUCGCGUACUUUGAUGCUAAUCAUCGUGUUCGCGGUUAUGACAUGCAGGUGCAACGAGCGCAUGCAUUAUCGUGGAAUUGCGAUGGAACUCGAUUAGCCUGCGGAUCACAGGAUCGACGAGUUUCGGUAGGAACUGUGGACUCGUCAUGUCGAGUAAAAUGCACAUUCGUCGGUCAAGGACAUGACGACUCCGUUGACCAGGUAGCAUUCCAUCGCACAAAUCCGAAUCUUCUAGCAUCGGCGAGCACUGAUAAGUCCAUUAUUAUUUGGGACAUUCGUCAACAGAAAACCCACACCAGAUUGUCUACGAGAGCAGCGAAUCUGUACGUGACAUGGUCUCCAUGUGGGAGGUACUUAGUUUACGGAGACAAGGAGGAUCGGCUACACGUGAUAGAUGGGAGAACUCUGAGCACACUCAAGGUUAAUAUCAGUUUUCAGUUGACUACUUGUUUGUAG